ACACAUGGGCUACAGGAGGAGGAACUGUACACGGUAUAAAGGUGGAGAACAGAACCAGAGACCUGAGGAUUCCUCUAACACAGCGCAAGAUGAGGAGCUGGGGGCUGUCUCUGCUCUUACUCUCUGCAGUCACAUUAGACAGCUGUCUCUCUCAGUCUCCAGGAGGCGGCGUCCAGGAUGACACGCGGAUAAUAGAGGCCGUGAAACGCUUCAACCUGGAGGAAAAUGUCCCGUAUCUAUAUAAACCCCUGGAUGACGUCCCCCCUGCACUCCUAGAGGAGGAGAAACAUUCCCAGUCGUUGGAAGUCAUAAUAAAGGAGACUGUGUGCCCCAAAUCGGCCAAAAGGAAGUUAGCACUAUGUGAUUUUCAGAAAAAUGGGGAAGUUAAAGUUUGCACGGUCCGCUUGGAUAAGAAAUACAAAGAUGAUAUUAAAUGCUCCGCUAUGCCCAAGAACUCAGGAAGUGACGAUGGAAGGUUUACCGGCUACGGAAGCCAUAUUGGUUCUAUCCCCACAGACGACUAGUAUCAGUGACAUAUCUGGUGUGUCCGGUGAUGACGCAGCUCCGCCAUUGUGCUCUAUAUUGCAAUAUAAUAUAUAAUAAUGUUCUGCUUAAUGAGAAAAACUAAAUGAUACAUAAAGCAAUAAAAUUAAAUCUGCCUCCAA